AUGGCCUUGGCAGCGGCGGCACCUCCUCUACCUCAUUUCGGUCGAGGGAGCGCUCCCAUGGCGACCGAGACUUCUGCGCCCUUUCCCCUAGGCCUCCGAUGUCAGGUACUUUGGUUGUCCAUUCGAUUAUGGUACUGUCUCAGAUGUAGAAACACCUUAUCCGUGUUUUUCAAGAUUUAGGGUUUGCUUUGUUGUUCUGCAGGCCACCAUAAACACUCGGUCAGCGGCGGAGGGAGCCACAAUCCCAUCUCUGAUGAAGCAGGACGGUCGGAAGACGAUGGCUUUAGGGCGUCCCGGUCGUUCGGACAUGCAGACGGCAGAAACUGGACUACUUUCAGAAGGGAUUAUCGUAGAUGUGCCCAACGUUCUUCAUGGGACCCCGGUUAUCUUUCCGGGCAGCAGGAUGAUUCUAUAGCGAGUGCUCAGAGGUCAGUCGCUGAUCCGCUAUCACAUCCGUCAUCUAAUCCCCUCCCUUUCAACGAUCAAAACAAAAACGCCGGUGACAGUGUGGAUGAUGGUUUGAGAACAGGCCUCGGGUAUGAUCGAGAACGUGACCAUUCCUUGGGUUCAUUCGACUGGAAGUCCCGGAAAUGGAGCCGUUCUGUCAGCUUUUCAUCUUCACCGAAGGUUUCCGUCCAUGGAUCAGAUGAGAGAAAACGUGAACUACAAUCUCCCAUCGGAAAGGAGAUGCUGGCAGGAACUCCAGCAGUGCCUCCUCUCCCUUUGGAUGAAGGCCUUCCUCAUAAGAAACAGAGGCUUGGAUGGGGACAAGGCCUAGCAAAAUAUGAGAAGAAGAAAUUUGAGGACCCAGAGGAUGGGAAGAACGUUUCAGUGCAUUGCAGCAGCAGUGCCAAGUCCAUCCUCGGUGAUUCCAGUCCGAAGAUUAUAGCUCUUCCCGAAUCUGUUUCUCCUGUAACACUAUCAUCUUCAGCUUGCAGCUCAUUCCAAGGUGAUUCACUGUCCUUAUUAUUUUCUCAUACUAACUGUAUCCACUUUAAUUAAGUUUUUUUAAAAUCGAUAUAUUUUUUUACAUUUCCGAUACUGAUGUAAAAAUCACGAAUAAUGCUAAUUUUUAGCUAAAUUUAUUUGCGCAAAGACUCUUGGAUUUAUUUUAUCCGACAAAUUGUUGACUUUAUUUGCGCAAGAACUAAGAGGGGACAAAGAUGUCAUUUUUGUCUAAAGAUUGAAACGAUUAACAUCAGGAAUUGAAGAAGGUAUGCAAGGACCAGAUAAACUGUCGUGCCUAAGCCAAUUGCUGCUCAAUUUAUCUGAACAAUUUUCAUUCAAUUGCGGACCCAAGAUGAAUUUUAGAAUGAAGUUGAGAUUUUUAUCUUCUAUUAUCCAGUACGCUUGUGAUAUUUUAGUCUCCAUCUUUUAGUGUUUAACUAGUAAUAGCUUUUUAGCUAAUCUCCAUGAAAUUUAUGAUUGAAAAGAUAUUAUUUUUGCUUCUGUAGAGUUAUUUUUCUACUUUGUUCUUUUCCGCACUUCUCUCAACUUGAAGAAUUACUUACUAUGUCAACAGCAACGAUUAGUUUACAUUUCAUGACGAUUCUAUCUGGUUUUGAGUUUUCGCGGGUGAUAAUUUUUUUUGGUCUCAUGUUGAGGUACCAUUUGAUCUCAUACUGUGGAUUUGUGGUCUGUAUCAGGCAUGGAGAUCAGGCAUUUCUCGAAGGAAGCAAGCGUUGAGGCGACAUGUAGUUUGUUUGCUUCUCCUGGCCACGUCUUUCAACACCUUCUGGAGAAAUUUUCUAUUAACUCGGAGAAUUUGGAUCUUGAUUCUCUCAGCGCCUUAAAGUCAGUGAUGGCGGAUUCGUUAUGCCUUGAGAAUUCGUGCUCUGUUGAUUCACAUUUCACAGGACAGCCGACUAUGAGUCAAUUGCUACUGCUGAAGCGUGCUAUUUCGAAGCAGCUGGAGAAAAUCGAGUCAGCAAUUGAUCUGUCUGAAAAUGAACGGAAGAAGCUAAACUUUGAAAGUGAAAGGAUCGAUCACUCUCCAAAGUCGUCAAAGAUGCAGGAUAAUGGUUUAACACAACAAUCGGGUGAACUUGUUGCUGAAGUCUCCAGUCAUUCGACUUCUAUGGUACCUUCACGCGAUACUUCACUGGGAUGGAAUGAUCUUCCUUUUGAGCAGAAAAAAGUUGCUAAAGAGCGUGAUAGCCGUGCCCCGGAUGCGGUUGAUUGUAAGCUUUUUCAUACAGAACUUGUAGAGAAAGAAGCCUCUGAGAACGACUCUCUGAGGGCAGCUGAUGUCGGAGGAGCUAGCUCUUUCACCUCUGAUGCCGACCAGCCUUCUGUUGUUAUUGUUAAUGCUCCAGCUUUGGGGAACAAAAAUGCUUCAAAGAAAUAUGACCAAGAGCAUUCUGACGCAGUUGCAUUGAUCAUGGACUGUAACAGAGAUUCUGCCAGAAGGGCAUCUGAACUUCUUCAUAGUGCAUCCUCAAAAAUUGUCACCAAUCCAUCUUUCUCUAAUAUAUGUGAAUCAAAGGAUGCCUUGCCAUUGCCAAACAAGCGGGCGGAGUUGUGCAUCAGACAGAAGCUUGCUAUCCGCAAGUGUUCCUUGAGAUUUAAAGAGAGGAUCCUGUCUCUCAAGUACAGGGCUCUCUGGCAUCUGUGGAAGGAAGAUCUGCAGUCACUUUCUAUGCGGAAGCAUUCCUCGAAAUCACAUAACAGACUUGAAUUAAAGUGCCAGCAAUCCCAGGGUGGUUCUAAAAAGAGUCGAUCUUCCCCGAGUGCAAGAUUUCCUUUAUCUGGUAUUUUUCAUCUCCUUUUUUUUUUCUCUCUCUCUAGACGAUCCAUUUCUUCAUAUCACUGUUUGAAAAGAUUAAGCUGAAGCGUGAGAUAACUUCUUGCGAAUACUUAAAAGAAAGUGUCUUCUUGUCACAUCCAUCUGGUGUCCGUUCGGAUCAUGAAAAUAAAAAGCCCAUGGUCUACUGUGUUGUUGCAGGCAACUCAGCUCCGGUUCCCGCCAUGGAAGCAUUGGAUUUUAUGGGCGGGGCCGCUGCCCUGCUCGCCAACUCCCGGCCGAAGAUCUACAGAGCCGAGCUGAGGAUGCCGGCAUUGAUACUGGACGAGGAUGACAGAAUCCGGUCACGGUUCAUGACGAGCAACGGGCGGGUGGAGGACCCGUGCUCCCUGGAGAAGGAGAGGACGAUGAUAAACCCAUGGUCCGCGGAGGAGCGGGAGACCUUCAUGCGGAUGCUCUCCCUCUUCGGGAAGGACUUCGCCAAGAUCGCGUCCUCCAUUGCCCACAAGACGACUGCCGACUGCGUCGAGUUCUAUUACAAGAAUCACAAGUCCGAGAGCUUCCGUGAGGUGAGGCGCAGCCUCUGCCUCAGAAAGCAGCAACAGCAGCAGCAGAAGGGGAUGACGGCGGCGGCGGCGCCGGCGAGGAGCUAUCUCUUGAUGUCGGGGAGGAGGUUGAAACCCGCGAGCGCCCUGGACAUGCUGGUGAUGCCGCCUAUGAGAGGGACGGGCCUCCAGCAGAAGCCCCGCCGUGGAGUGAGAAAGUCUACACCAGAAGAUGUAGCAGCAGCAGCAGCAACCAAGGACUACGAGGCCCUUGCGGCGGCAGCGGCGGCAGUGCCUCCCUCUUCGGAAGCGGUGAGCUCCUGCGUCACCACUUCGUUGGACACUGCGAGGAUGGACAGACAGGUCUUCGAUGAGGGGGCCUGCUCGGACGAAGGCUGCAGCGAGGCGGGCACCGCCGACUGGACCGAUGAGGAGAAGUGCCGCUUCGUCGCCGCUGUGAGCUGCUCCGGCAGGGACUUUGCUGGAAUUUCGCUCCGGGUGGGGACGAGGUCAGAGGAGCAGUGCAGGGUAUUCUUCUCCAAGGCCAGGAAGAGCCUCGGCCUGGACAGGCUGACCCCCCUGCCGCCACCGCCGCCGCCUCCGAUGGCGGGCGACCAGAGCGGCAACUCUGGCAGCGGCGGCGAGCCCGACGACGGAUGUGUCGUCGAGAUAGACUCUGCCCCCGCCGGCGGUGUGCCGCCUGGGCAAGAGAGAGGGGCUAUCCAGGAUGAGAGAGACUGGCACAAGGCUGGCGGCGAUCGGCGGCAGAAUGUUGAUAUCAAGCUGUUCGGUCAGAUCCUUCAGCGUCAACGGGUGCCGAUGAGAGGCGAUGGAACGCCGAGAGGGCCCGACGACGCUUUGUCGCAGUACAGCAGACCCAAGCCGGCGGACCGUUAG